AGCUGCUGUGUGGAGGGUAGUAGUAGUCCCAGUACUCAAGUCUACUAACUUAUUGCAUAUCGGAUUAACUCUAUUUUCCAAGGCUGAAAAGUGUAAUUUGUGCCCAGACAAUAGUAUCUAGAUUCCUAUCAUCAUCAUGUCCAGUUUGAUUGUUCUUCAAACUCUACUCCUGGCAUGUGCACCCUUGACCACAGCACAGGCGACUCGACACUUGACUGUUAGCACUUUACUGCAACCUCCCUAUGUUAUGGUGGAUGACGCCAACACUAAAAAUGGUAACGUGACGUACAAAGGAUUCAUUAAUGACAUCAUGGAGCUACUAGCUGACAGACUGAAUCUUAAAUACGACCUUGUUCCGGUAGCAGACGAAAUGUUCGGCACAUUACUUCCGAACGGCACCUGGACUGGAGCUGUUGGUCAGGUUGCGUCGGGGACUGCAAAUAUGGCUGCAGGGCCUAUUACUGUCACAUCAAACAGAGCACAGUUUGUAGAUUUUUCACAACCAUUCCAAUUUACUGGUCCAGUGAUCGUCAUGCGCAGACCAAAUGAAAAGAUGCCUCCAUUUAAAGACCGCCUAUUGCACAUUCUGAAACCUUUUAAGACAGACGUGUGGCUUCUGUCCUGUCUUGCGUACCUCAUUACUGGAAGUAUCAUCUACAUCAUAUCAUACUGUAACCCGUACGAAUGGCGGCGGAUGUCACGUGAUGGAGAAGCCACCAUUCGUGAAGGGGAAUCCUUUACUUGCCUCAACACGUUUUGGUUCACUAUUAGUGCUGUUUUCCUACAAGGAUUCACGCGGUCUCCACGUUCGGCCGGCGGAAGGAUCGUGGUAAUAGCUUGGUGGUUCUUUGUCAUUGUGUUCUUUUCAAGUUAUGUAGGCAAUCUGUCCAAUCUUCUCCGUGUUGGACCUCGGCCAAGUGCUAUAGAAACCUACGCUAAGGUCAGGAGCUUCUCGGACUUGGCAGUUAAUGAGGACAUCAUAAUACAUGUAGUGAAAGGUGGGUCAACACAAGCAAACAUAUUGAAUUCGAAAAUUCCAGAGCACCAAGCACUAGCAAAUAAGAUAUCAAAAAACAAAGAAUCUUUGGUUAGCACUGUAUCUGAGGGAAUCGAAAAUGUUAGAGAGUCUGCACCAGGAACACGAGCGUUGAUCGUAGAAUCUGCGAUGGCGAAGUAUUACACGGAACAGUCUGGCUGUGUAUUGUACUACGUCAAUGACCUAUUACUGACAACCCAAUAUGGACUUGUAUUGCCCCGUAAUUCCACAAUCUUGAAGCACGUGAAUCAGGCCUUGCUGACAUUGUCUGAGAAUGGAGUGCUCCGCAGCCUGGAGAAAAAGUGGUUCCAUGGACACUGCAAUAAGUAUAUGCUAGAGAAGUCAGAGGACGAAAAGUUUGAGAUUCCGCAUUUUUAUGCCCUUGACCUAGGGUCAUUUAGUGGUGCCUUGUUUAUACUGGCGAUUGGAUUGGUUCUUGGUGGACUGGUCACUCUAUUGGAAAUCGUCGUAUUCAAAUACGCAGAGUCGGAGGACCCGGUAAAGGCUAAAUCCCAACACAUGCAGCAGCGGGGUGUGGACCGCUCAGCUGAUUCUGGUAAUACCCAGGCCCUACUGCAGCCCUCGGGAGCCAGAGAAAUGACAUCUGUAUGAACCCAUCGAUUUAACUUUAGGAUUUCAAUUCACAUAACAAGCAAAGAAGGCGUUUAUCUCUUGUUGCUACGUGCUUGGACAGUAUUUGAUUAACUCUCCUCGAGAAAUAACUAUUUCGUGAAUAAUGAUUGGUCUGCGGUAUUGCUUGCCGAGAAAAUGCACGGGUACCAAAAUUUGCAUACAUUGCGUAUAUUUACUUCAUAAGAAAGACACAAAUCACAGAAAUAUGGGUUCAAUAAGUUGAUUAUCGUAACGACUGCAUUCAUUUGUGAAACUUAACAGUGAUACAGCUCAACAGCAAGGAAGUAAGCAUAUUGCUUUGUUGAUUCAUCUAUAUUUGGUGCAAUUUCAGAUUGCAUUUAUGCGCGUGCCGUUAUUCUAUCGAGGAUUAUCGUACUAAGAUACAUUGUAUACUGACUGCUUUAUGAACUUCGUGGUAUAAAACCACAAUGCUUGAUUUCAGCAUGACACCAGAAUAUGAUGCUAAUGACAACUGGGCAGGCUAGAAAUCAAUUGUAUAUAAGAUUUUUAUUUUUGUAAUGAUAACUUUUUCAGUGUAAAUGAUAUGUAUUGGUUUGGUUUUGACAGUAUAUUGUUAGAAUAUUCAUAAUCCAUCAAGCCAUGUUAUAUUGACACCAUUAUCUAGUGAUUGUUGAUGAUGUGGGAGAUAAAGAUGCGCAUUAACAGAAAUUGGAAACAGAAUGAAUGGCAUAAUGUCGAGAUUCCAUUGCAAAGACUUCAUUAAAACACUUUGUUAUGAUCGAAAAAAUACGGCUUUGACACUGAAAAUACAACAUGUUUUAUUUGAAUCGUAUCGAUAAAUAACUAAAAUCCGAUCCAAAACAUCAAGUUGUAUAGGGAAAUAACAGUGCUUCGAUUAAGUGUAGUGUGUGCUUCCAUUAAUUGUAGUGCGUGCUUCCAUUAAUUGUAAUGCGUGUUUCAAGUUUGUUAUAAACUCUUUUUCAGAGUUUGAAGGUUCGCGUUUCUGGAAUUUACCUCUAAUUCAAAACAUUGUUACCAAUAAUGGUUGUAUAUAAUAUUGUCUUUACCCCAGACUAAUAUUCCGUGUGUGUAUAUAUUGUAAAAGAUAUUUAUUUAUGUAUUUAUAAAAAAAAAUUAUUUAUAUACAAUAUGUAUCAUUAGUGAUUUUGGUAAAACACGAUUGUAGAUAAAUGUUCGCUUGGUUUUCUUUAAUUGCUUAGUAUAUUUGAAAGGUGGUCAUAAUGCUUACAUUGUGUUACAAACGCGGGCAUUCCUUUACCACAUAAUAACCCCUCGACAUCUACCAUGUAAAGCUUUUUUGAGGGAAUCACAGUACUUUAUCAAGUUCAGACAAAGAACUUUAAAUAAACUAAUAAAUAUCAGUGGAUCCCAUGGUUUUGUCUGCGAAAUGCACGUGAACAACUGAACUGCCAUAUCGUUUACUAAAAGAUAAUCAACAAAAACGACAGGCUAAUCGCAACAUCUCGGCGAAAUCCGAGUCUUGACGUAGUAAGCCGAGAUGUUUUUAUAAUUGCGUUUUACUCAAAGAAAUUGUAUUUAAGAUAAGAUAAAUAUUGGUAUACAUUUAAAAUGGUUUGAUACUGUGAUUCUUAAGAAGUUAUUAUGAAUUGUAUUCUUUUCUUAAUUUUGAAAAGACAGAGUAAAUAAACUGGUCUUGAAUUGGCGUCUGUGUGAUC